UCAAAGUGAGUUCGAACGCGUGAAAAACCGCGCGCUUAAGCUGCCAAUCACGUCGGAAGAGUUGGUAGCACUGGGUGAGUUCAUGUCGUACGUGCAGACUCGCUGGAUGCGUGACAGGAGCACGCAAAUAGUCUCGCUUUCACGCUACUACUGGCAAAUACUCGAGUACUUCGCCAUGCCACACCACGACUAUUGCCAGUCAUUGACUGAUUGGUACAUCUGGUAUCUGGAGAUGUUUCCUAUUUUUCAGCAGUUUGCUACUCUAUACGAGCAGACUAAAUUCGAUUUUGAUGAGAAAAUUCGCGACACAAUGGGUUUGAUUGAAGACAAGAGGCUGGAGCUGGUUGAUAAAAUACCACUUCUGAACAAUUUGAAUGAUGUUAGCAAGAUCAGUUCUUAUAAACAGUUUGUCAAGAGAUAUCUUCGCGAUAUUGAGUUUAUCACGGCAAAAAUGGAUUGGGUUAACAACGAGGAGAAAAUAUUCAACCGGACACUGACGAAAUUUGGGAUGGUGGAAGAUUUGAAUAAUAUUCUAUUGCCGUUUUGCAAGCUUAUUUUCAAAGUCUAUUCAUGGUACCAGAAGCAAAAGACUUGGUUCAACAACAGCUUUGAUCUAUUGGUCACUGAAGAAGUAGAAACUACUUUUGAUCGCUACUACAACUCUCUUUCGCAGGGACUUGCUCGAAAUGUCGAAAGACCUGAAGAUCUUGUGUCGAAGCCUGGAAAAAGAUGAUCUGAAGUAUGGAGUAUUCACAGGAUAUGUUGAUGCAGAGCAUGAACAUCAGUUGCCAGCGCCUCUCAUACUUUGUCACACCACAUUGCAUGAUUUGAAAGAAUUUCAGCCGAUACUUCAGUUAGUAACAGUUAUUUGCAACAAAGAUCUGUUGGAAAAGACACUGGAAUGAAAUGUCCGAUAUAGUAGGCCAAGAUUUGACGCCAAAUGCUGGAAUGACUCUACUCA